AUGGUGCGUCGUACUUGUACUUUCAAUCUCGUGCACGAGAUGUCAGUUGGUUGCCAUCAACAUCAAAUUCUAAACAUGGCGUCGGCAAUGGAUAUCGACGAUGAAGAAAGUGAUUUACCAACUUCUAGUAGCAGUAAAGGAGAGAAAAAACGUUUUGAAGUUAAAAAGUGGAACGCUGUGGCUCUUUGGGCAUGGGAUAUCGUGGUAGACAAUUGUGCUAUCUGUCGUAAUCACAUAAUGGAUUUAUGUAUAGAGUGUCAAGCAAAUCAAGCAUCAGCUACUAGUGAAGAAUGUACCGUAGCUUGGGGUGUAUGCAAUCAUGCAUUCCAUUUCCAUUGCAUCUCACGUUGGUUGAAGACUCGACAAGUUUGUCCACUAGACAACCGGGAGUGGGAGUUUCAAAAAUAUGGACAUUAGCAAAAUGUGUUCAACUGCAACAAACAUCGGAACCUUCAAGAAUGUCAAAGCCGACGCAAGUUUAAUUAUGUGCGAACAACAAUUAACAAUUUGGUGUUAUAUUGGAGCAGAAAAUCUGUAGC